GCAUCGUGCCACGACGACCGGUCGCGAAAUUCAUCUCGAGAAAAUUGUCCAACUUUACAUUCAACACGACUCACAGGGAUAUUCGCAGUGUCCCGAUUUCGAGCCCCCUUUCGAUAGACGAAAGAGAACCCUCCCCCCCUUCCCACACAUACACACGGCCGCUGCCCGUUGGGGAUGAGAGCAAACAGUUCGAGACGAGGUGCCGCAAAAGGAGGUCUUGAUAAAAAUAUACGUAACUAAAUUGAAGUGAUACUAUUAUCUACUUGUGAUUUCCAUAAAUUAAUUCGAUAUGUCUCAGAUGAGAUCAGCCGGGAGCACCAGUGGCGAACCCCGAUAACCUUGACGCUGAAAGGGAAAUUUUUCAAGCGUUUGAUAGACCGUGACUGAAAACUAGUGGAAUUAAUGAUCGGUUUUUAAAUGAUUGGUUUUGUUUAAAGUGGCAAGCAUUUGCGUGACUUGAGAAUAAAUAUAGUUCAGUGAAGUAUUGAGUCGUAACAGGAAGCUAAAGGAAACAAUAACACGCGAAAAAAUCUCACUAAACGACAUGGAUUAAAGAUUUCAUUAAAGUUCGAGAAGAGUUCGAGUUGAAGCACUCGGCGCGAAGUACGAAGAAUAGUUCCUUUUUGUAGCUUUGUAAGAAAACGGAAAUCAAACUGUAUCUACCGUCGGAUUGUUGUGCACCGGUGAAUAGGGAGCAUUCAUCGACGGCAGUCCACUAUAAUCCGUUCGGCUCCAAGUUGGAUUUCAAAAACAGCUGUGCCGAUUCCGGCCCCGCUGGUAUUGGUGGUGGUGGCGGCGCUAGUGGCGCUGGAAGUGGAGCCUCUUCUGGUGCCCAAUCAUCUUCCCUCGGACUAAGUCCGGCCAGCCCGGAUUCGCAACAGUUCAAUAUCUUCCCAGCGAUCUUUAGCCGUCAGCUGAAUUUCACCGGAAGUACGUGCGGUGCGAGUGGCCAAGGUAAACUAAUGGAUGAUCUACGCCCGAAUCUGGUCGGCGGUCUGCUCGGACUGCAGCAGGGCCUUCUCGAUGACCACACGUUGUCACACGGCAAUCUUCAGCACAACGCACAGGAUACUAAAUUUAUGUCACUCCAGGACAAUAGGCUGAUGGGAAUCGGAUCCCACGAAAAUCGACUACUAGGAUUAUCACAAGAAAAUCGAACCCCCGCCGGUCAGGGUGCGGUGGACAAACCGAUCCAGCGAAAGUGUAGCAGUACACCGGAGGAUUUCAGUGCUCUGUACGGUGGAUUAACAGGAACACCUAUUAGUGAUCAUCAUCAUCACCAUACGCCCGCCCACACGCCUCCGAAUCGAUUAUCGGACAACGCAUCGGUGACAGAUGCGUGUUCGUCAUCUGUUUCUUACAAAUUCCACCAGUAUAAGUCUAGUAUAACGGAAGGUGCUUUUAAAAAACUAAAACCCGAACCAAACAGUGGACUUUCGUCGGUAUCCGGUAGCAUCUCGUCACCAGGAAGUGGUAUCUCGUCCCUGCCUCAGCAUGCCGGCCACACGCCCACCACUGCAUCCUGUCCGACACCGGCGCGGAGGCGACAUAGGACGACAUUUACUCAGGAACAGUUAGCAGAACUAGAAGCGGCCUUUGCGAAAUCUCACUACCCCGAUAUCUACUGUAGAGAGGAACUAGCGCGAACCACUAAACUAAACGAAGCGAGGAUACAGGUCUGGUUCCAGAACCGCCGGGCCAAAUAUCGCAAGCAAGAAAAGCAAUUACAGAAAGCACUCGCCCCCUCGGUGAUACCGUCGUGCAACGGCAUGAUGCGGAACAUACAAGGCUACAGCGUGUCCCGAGGUUAUCAACCAUAUCCCCAUCCAAACUCAAUCAAUCGAUAUCCGCAGGAUCUCUUCCAGAUGGGUGCCUCCUCGUAUCCCGGAAUGACGCAACCUUUCUCAAUGACGCAUAGUUCCAACAUGGGUUCGGUAGGCGUCCGCCAGGAUUCAAUGGGAAUGUCCGCCGAGGACGAAUGGUACAACAAGAGUCUCUCCGCGCUCCGGAUGAACAGCUCGCAUCACCCCAACCUCUCCGCUCCGAUGCUUCAAUACCAAACAUAAUUAAUGUAGGAUCAACCCUAAUCCUUCCCAAGCUGUUGAUCAUCAUCGUCGAGGAGUGAUUGAACCGGUUAAUAGUUUAAAACUAAACUAAAGCUAGCUAUUUCGGGGAACCAAUUCGAAAUGCUAACCCCACCACAACACGGACGAUAUUAUCAACAAAUCAAACAAACAGGGGAGGGAUGGCGGGGGCGCAUUCAAGGCGCCAUUUUGACGCAAGUGCAUAAAUAACAUAAAUACACGCCCACACAGAUCCGCGAACAAUAAAUCGUUAAAAAUUUCAUUAACCUCCUCAUUCGUGAAAUUGAAUGUUUUUAAUUCAAUCGAUUCAGCCGAGUCCACGCUGGAAUCGUUAUUUAUUCGCUUCGCCGAAAAAUGUUUACUUGCUGUUAAUCGGUAAACACGGGUGAGAUUAAUCGCGGAUUUUCGAAUAUGUUUUUAUCCGUUCCUCUGUUCGCACGAAAAAAAAUAAUUGAAAAAAAGUAGCAAAGCGAAGAAAUUUUCGCUCGGGCUUUAAUAUAAUUCGAAUGAACACUGCGCUGAUUCAGUCCCGAGUGUACGACGCUAAUGAAAAUUUAGAAAUUUCGCCAUGUAAUAAUAAAAUAUUAGUAACUGUAGUGAAACUGUAUAUAUAUUUUUUUGUUUUUUGACAAAAUGCAAGAAAUCAAAUAUAAAAAAAAUCGUAAAGCUGCGAAACAUGGCAUCAAAAUAAUUAUUGAAAUUGUAAAAUCUCAACAACUAUCAAUUCAAAAAGAAUGAGAAUGAUUUAUAAAUAAAGCUAGCAUAUAAGAAGAAACAAUUGAGUACUCAGAAGACAACGGUAAAGUUAAAUCUUCAACACACACAACAAAACAUAUGAACUCUUGGAUGGGUGUAGCUAAAUUAUUUAAUUUAAUGCUCUUAAGAAUGAUGAAAACAAAAAAAAAUACAAAAUUACAUUUAACAAGAGAAUAUACGAACAGGUGAGAGCUAUUAGUUGAUCUAUAUAUAUAUGCAGUAACACAUUUCUAGUCACAAAAACACUAAG